AUGAAAAGUUGGGAAAGUUUCUUCAAACACAUAGACGUUCAAGCUGUCGACGACUCUUCAAAGGAGUCUACCAAAAAAGAUGUUGAAUCGUAUCGAAAACAAUUUGCUCGAUUAAUAAACGAUUCCUCGAUGGUCAUGUACAACAAUUUACUGGUUGCUCGAACCAUUGAGUUGGCUGCAAGUGGUCAAAUUUCACUAAAAUUGUAUUUAUACUUACUUAAUAAGGAGUAUGCCGUUGUACAUAGUCAGAUCGUUGACAUACCUGGGGAAAAUUUGAGUAAGAAAGAGUUUAAAUUUGAUGCACUAGAUGAGUAUAGAUCAGCAAAGGUAAAUGUGAAUGAUUUGGAGCAGUAUACAUUCAAGUUUGUGAAAGAAAAAGAGAAGUUUAAACUAAAAUUUCAACAAUCAAAACAAAUAUCAACUGGCAAAAUAGAAGAACCAUCUGCUAAACAAAAGAAGAAAAUUGAAAUCAUGGAACGCAUGAUGAAGAUUCCAUUGGAUUUCGAACGAUACACACUGCAGAUCAACAGCGAUGGUGUCAUUUGUGGCAACCAGUUGAUUUAUCAUGAUGGAAGUUCUUUCAAAACAUCACCCUUAGAUGAAAAGUCACUCAAGUUGGAGCAGUUUCAGCUACCAGUUGGUGAUUAUUCCGUACUAAAGAAAGAAAGUGUAACGGAUAAUUUGAAAUUUUGCACGAAAUUUGAAAAGGAAGAUUGCUCAAACUUGGAAUCUUCAUCGGCUCGCAACGUAUCCAUCAAAUAUCCACACUACUUUAUAUCGCAGAACAAGGAAACGACCUGGGUGCACGUUUUGAAACCCAACGGGAAAGGCGUCCAAGAGAAGGUUUCAUUCCCUAAGGAAAUGGUUCACCGAUCGUCCAGUCAUUCGGCGUUUGUAGCAACAAAACUCGCCGACAACAGUACGCACGUGAGACCGUUUAGAACGAUCAGCAAAAAUAACGCAAUCCAGGUUGAAGUCGUGUCCAAAGAAUCGCUCAAAUCGGUCAACGGAGAGCAGAGUAUAAGCUACGAGUAUCAGAAUCCUGUGCUAAGUGAUUCUCAAGUCAUGUUCAAAACUACUUUAGUUGUUCCUGGAAGUAACAAAAAAGCGUUUGGAUUUUACCAGGAAUCUGUGGACUUCAUCACCAAUGAACAAGUCGUUCAAGUCAUGGACAAUAAAGAAAAGUUGUUUGAUCCAGAAUACGUGAAGCGUAUGAAUGAAGUUCGAGAUGAGCAACAAAAGCAACGAGAUGAACCGGAAGCGGAUAGUAAGCAGAUGAUUUUGGACAAGAGUGGUACGUUACCGAUUUUGAACACUAAACCCUACGUUGGGAAUGAUCGAGCGACGAUCAGCUUCUUCAGCUUCGAGGACUACGAGAGCGGAGAGGAUUGGACCUUCCCAAAAAACAACAUUGUACGGAAUGAGUUCUCAGCAACUGGUAGAAAUUACCUAAAGCUAUCUAAAGGGCAAAGCUUAGCUAAAAAUUUCAAUCAACUUCGAUUUGAGGAUCACUUUGUCUUGAGUACGUGGAUUCGAACUACUAAACCUCUAAAAAUUGGAGAAUCUACAGAUUUGGUCACACUAGAGUUGAAAACACCACAAAAAUCCACUCUUCAAGGAGUCAUCAAGCAGCAAAUCAACGACUGGCUCUACAUCGAAGCGAACACAUCAUCCAUCAAACGCCCGUCAGCUUCCAACGCAAAGAUCGACCUCACGGCCAAGAUCGCAGCCACGGAAGCCGACCUGCACGUGGACCACGUUCGUUUCACUCCGUUGAACUUUAACUUUGAGGCACGCGUCUACGACUCCAGAACAUCCCAGCGGGCUGCGACGAUCCACAGCAACGGACGCGUCUCGCGAUUUGUGCACGAUGACUACAGUCGCCGCAUUGCGGAGGUUGACGAACUCGGCGGUAUCAAGUACUUUGCGACCUAUGCCAUCGAGGAAGGUAGCAACUCUCGGCUGCAGAUGCGACCAAAGGUGGGCUUCGUGGAGAGCUUUUCUCCGUACACGGCAGGUGGUCGUUGGAAAACGAUGAAGGAACACAAGGUUGAACCUGGGAAGAUUAGACUCAAUGGUGAGCUUAAGUACACUGGAGAACUUGCUGGUGAUGCACUCUGCGUAAGGAUGAUGUACGACCUUCUAAGCUCUGGGAGCUUCAAUGUAAAAAUAGCUGGAAGGACUGUGAAUAUCUCGACGGCUGAGAUAAAGCUGAACGAUAAAAAGUAUCAAACCCCUUCGAAGCAAGCCGAGUUGAUCAUUCUUGCGACUACAUCCUUAACAACUGUGUGGAUUGAAGGUAUAAUCAUACUAGAAGAACAAAGUGCUGGUUCAAAGUCUUCAGAAUUGACCAUUACAUCGCAAUCCGAGGUAGAGAUUCGUGAUCUCAUAAUCCUGGAGUCACCUCAAGUCUUCGUUUCCUACCUGAACCACGACUCCAAACCAACCCAGGAGAUCAUGCUGGAAGAUGGUAGCAACAUAUUGAUACGUCAAUUAAUCUACGACGAGAUUGGUCGUAGAGUAGCGGAGACUGUUUGGACCAGAAUACCUAUAUCCGUAUUGGCUUCAAAAAAUAAAGGAUUUUUAACCUAUCAGAAAGACUUCGUAACAAACGGUGAUCUUUCGAAUGCAUCGUCAUUCUUGAAAAGUGGCGAUGGCAAAAUGACAGGGUUAGUCCAUGACCAUAACCAACUGUACGCAGGAUAUCCGUACUCCCAAAUCGUCUAUCACCCAAACCCACUAGAGAUCCGUCACAAGGUAGCCCAACCAGGUGAGCUGUACUCCAUCAAAAAGGGAAGCUUUCUUCAUACCUUCGACAUCAGCUCCAGCGUACCCUUCAUCAACUCCAACUAUCCUAGCGCUGAAGGAUUCCGCUGCGAGGAAGAACGCAAACCCAACGGAAUGACCCAGGUCACAGUCUACAAUCGGAGAAACAAAAAAGUCGCCGAGUACAUCUCAGUACGGGACUACAAAAACGCCCUGACGACGUACCUGUACGACGAGUUUGGAAACGAGAUCCAGAAGUUACCACCGAAGUUCUACGAGACCUCUAAGACUGGGAAAAUGAGUCCGGAGAAGGUCAAGCAAGAUACUGCGUGGGCUACCAACUCUGAAUACAACAAGGAAGGAAAACUGUUGAUGAAGCGAUCUACUCCGGAUGGUGGUUUGGUUGAGUUCAUCUACGACGAUUUCAAUCAGCUGCGAUAUCAACUGCAUUACAACGAAGCAAAGCAGGUUGAUAAGCUUGUAUACUUCCGGUACAACUUGUACGGACAGGUCUACGAAACGGGCAGGUUGAAUGCCACCGCAGGAUUAGCAGAUAAGCUUCGCAAGGAUGUAAACGCAGAUCUACCAGAACGAAGUCACGUCCUGUACUUUGACUACGGUGAAGCCGAUUCGGAUCCAGCGAUGAGAGGGCGUUCCCAGCGGGUGAUCAAGCAGAACGGAGAUCUCCAGUUCAAGCAAGUGUUGUUCUACGACGAGGACGGUAACGUGCUUCGCAAGAGCUUCAUUAGUCAGAAUGCCAACGAAACGCUAUCGCUAGACUACCUCUGGAAGAACGAUCAGAUCGCCGGGAUUCGAUACCCAUUCUUCGUGAAGGGCAAGCAACUGGUGCUGAGGUAUGAACACAACUUGAGGGGGGAGGUUACCUCGAUCGGCUUGAUCGACGACAAAUCGGAAACUCCGAUCGUUAAACUUGGCCAUGACGCACAAGGUAAGGUAUCUGAGAUAUCCCAUCAGUACGGGAUGAAUAAAUUCAAUCAAUCUUACGAGUAUGAGGCUCCCGGAUACUUAAAGAAAAUCAAGAAUCCUUACCUAACGGAAACGCUGUACUACACGGAGAAAGGCUACGGUGCGGAACCCGUUGGAGAUGGUAGCAUCCUGCGUACGGAGUUCCAUGCCACGUGGCACAACCAAUGUGAUCAAAACUUGAUCCCGUUGACGGCAAGGGCGUUCAUAUCUGACAGAUUGAACGCCAAAAUGGCAGAACUCUGCUUUGACGCGCUGUUGGAGCGAGGUUAUUUCGACGGACAGGGUCGACCCUUGAAGUCGUACUACCCGGAUCUGGAGGUGGACAUACCGAUCAAGUGUUCAACGGGAUCGGCGUGGGAGGGAAUUGCAACGGGGAUCUUGGAGCGUGGAUAUCCGGAACACUAUGGACAUGCGUACGACUACGGGAGCCAUAGUGAGUUGGUUGCAGCAAAGUACUUUGUUGGGGAAGAGCGUGAUAAUUUGGAGCUACCUUGGAAGGCGAAGAGCUUUGAAGAUCAGCUGAAGAAAGAGUUAUCUGGUGCAGGAGGAACGAUCAACCUGACCCAGGUGUGGAAUGAGUUAAAUGAAGCGAAGAUCUACAACCGAGUGCAAGGCGUAAAUGCUUUGUUUACUGACAGCAGGAGUAAAUUGGAUUCUAGUAGUGUAGAAAAUGUUGCUCAUAGGUACUAUGCAGCAAAAAUUGCUGGGUUGAGCACCAAAGCCGUCCCAGAAAUCUGUAGGAAAAUGUUGGCAAAUAUUAACAAAAAAAAUAAAUCGGAGCAAGAUUGCUCGAAAAUUUUGGAAUCAUUUAAAGAAUCAAUGGUCAACCCAAAACUGUUAAACAUCUUGAAUAAAUAUCCCAAAAUAAAGAAGAACAUAGUCACAAGACUCUGGAAGAACCUCGCCGCAACGCUGGGAAACUCUCCAGCAGAUGUUGAGUCUUUCUCGAUAGAUAGCAAUGGAAAUCAUGGCACCUACUACACGGGAUUCAAGCGUUUCGAGCUAAUCUACAAGUCCACCAAUAAUCAAAUAGCAACCAUCAAGAAAGGUUCCAAGCCAUACGACAUUGCCCACGAUAGCGAAGGAAACAUCAUCAAAGCUUCACACAAAGGCAUCGACAAGCUGGAGUACGAUCCGCUGACGCAAAGGGUUUCUAAGAUCGAGAUGACCUCGAAGAAGCUGAUCAUUGAGUUCGGCUACGAUCACCUCGGCGAACGAGUGGUGAAGCGUGUUAGAAACACCACUGGUGACGUCUUGUCUGAAUUGUACUACGUUCGAGAUAGCAACGGGAAUACUCUGGUUGAGUACAAGCUGACCUACCCGAAUCCCAAAGAAACUUCGAAACCCAUUGUCACCGUUACUGCCUACAUCCACGGUCCGCUCGGACUUGUCGGUUUCUUCCGAAAUGGCGAGUACUAUAGCGUUCUGUUGGAUCACGAAGGAUCAACCCGGUUGGUGAUCCACCAGAAGCGUGUGGUAGCCGCUUACGACUACAUGCCGUACGGUCAGUUGAUGCGCAAGUUCGGAUCAAGCGCGGUAGCGCACAUCGCGUACCGCUACACCGGUCAAGAGUACGACGAAGAAACCGGACUUUACAACUACCACGCGCGGUUGUAUGACCCGGACAUCGGGCGUUUCUACCAGCUGGAUCCGAUGGAGCAGUACCCGAGUCCGUACAAGUACGCCGGAAACUCACCGGUAUCGCAGAUCGACCCGGACGGACAGGUAGCAAUCACGUUGAUCGUCAUUGGGAUCGGGGCACUGCUGGGAGCGUACUUCGGGGCUGCUUCGGCGAACAACAGCUGGAAUCCGGCGGAAUGGGACUGGGCCAACAAGCGGACCUGGAUUGGGUUGUUCGCGGGAGCGCUGGCAGGAGGAUUCGCCGCGUACGGCGGGUUAGCGAGUUUUGCAUACCUAACCUCGCUGUUUGGGGGGUCCCUUACGGCUGCUGGGGUGGUGACUGGAACGCUGGCUGCAGGUGGGGCGUUUCUGGGGUCUGCAGCCGCUACCAACGAGUGGGAUCCCCGCAAGUGGGACUGGACCUCACCAAUCGUAUGGAACGGACUGCUAACUGGAACCGCCGUUGCCGUCAGUCUACCAUCAGGAUUUGUUGGAAUAUCCCGAACGUUCUACUCGCUGGUGUCCAACGCAGCCAAGAUCAUGUACGGUUCCGCCAUGAUUAGCGGAUUCUUGCUGCUUGGCUAUGUUGGAGGGGCGUUCGCCAACAACUUCAACUUCCGCAUGGACCAGUGGGAUUGGAAGAAUCCCCGGACGUGGUUCGGGAUAAUCGAGGGUUCCGCCACGGUGAUCAUGGCGACGGGAGGAACGGUCAAGCAUGGAGCCUUCAAAACCCACUUCAUAACCUCACCCGGAAAGUUGAAAGGGGCCUGGUAUCGGAUCAACAUCCCGGCGCAGUCCUUCACUGUGAAGGAAACCCCUUGGAAGUUCUUCAUCACGUACUACAAGAACGGGCAGAAGGUCGGAUCGCAGAUCAUUGAUAUCACGACGAGGAAGGGAUUGCGCAGUAUUCCGCAGGUUUGGCAGGGAACGACGAAGUAUUUCUUCAUUUCAAACGGACGAAUCGCUGCCGGAAUGGUUGCCAUGGGGUCUUAUACCUUUGCAAAAUAUCACAAUUAUCGAUCGCUGUUCGAGCAAUAUCCGAAUGAGACGCAGAAGGUUGGGGUUAAAGAGCAAUUUUCAAGAUCCAAGAGGUAUGCACUAAACAACGAGCCUAAUACUUCGAAUUCUGCUUCCAGAACUUCGUUCUUCGGUAGCAUUCUACAUACCGCAAUGAACUUCUUCACCGAAGGAGACAUCUUGAUGGAAUCAAUAUUGAAUCGAUCAGUUGAACCUAUUCUACCAAGCUUCAACUCCAAGUCAGAGUCCGCACAGCAAUUCUCUCAAAAGCUGUGCUACUCUCCAAAGGAUAGCAAAAAUCACUUCAUAUGUCCCCAAAGGGAGUCUACCGUAAACGUGUACUCCAAAUUGGGGACAUUCCUCGCCGAUACCUUCGGUCAGGAUUCGUUCAAGAGCUGCUUCCCCAUUACGUGGCAGGGUUAUCCUUCGGUUUCGUGCGACGGCCAGGAGUCGACCUUUGUCUACACUCCCCGACCGCAGUUGCGGGUGUUCGAUAUGGUUGACGGAUGGUUGCUGUUGGCACGCGCUGCCCCAGCUGUUUUCAGAAGCUUCAAGAAUGGGGUCAGCUUUGUGAAAUCGGUGUUUUAUGGUGAUGUAGAGAGAAAUUGUCAACCAGAAGAUCAUCCGAAAAAUCUUAUGAAUAAACUAAGUAACAUCAAAAGAAUGAUUCAUGAUCGUGAAGGAACAAAACUCAAAUGGGCGAUUCCAAUGCUCGAAGAUCUCGAAGAAGACAUAACUGAUUAUGAGCGAUCAACGAAGCGCUCAAAAUAUCAAUCCAAUUUGCUGGAAGAACGUUUGGAUGCUCUGAGAGAAGAUAUCUUCGAAGAUAUUAAUUUUGACCUUGCGGUACAAAUGAGUAGUGUUUUGAGGAAUGUUUCCAACAACCAGAACUCAAGACAUUCAGAAUUGUCCUUUGAUUUUAUAGAAAAAUCAAUGACUACUUAUGAAAGUCCAAUGCGUUCAGUAGUACAAUUCUAAACUGGAUUUCCAAUGGAUAAAUCUCUAAAUAUAUAAUAGAAAUGUAAUAAACUUUCAUGUCAGAUUAAAAAAAAAUGUACAAAAAUAAAUUAAAAUAAGCUAUAAAUCGCCCAGAGUUUGGAUUAA